AAUUACAAUCACUUUUUUAAUCAAUCGAAUAUAAAGAAGUUACGCCUCCAACUUUUCUCCUUUAUCUCUCUCCUAUUCUAUUCCCUUUUUUCUCUCUCCGUUCUCCGCUUUUUUAACUCCUCCGCUGAUCUCCGGCGGCGUUGUCUCUUCCCCGAUCUCCGAUUCCUUAUCUUCCCUGAUCUCCGGCCACGAUUUCUUCACCGAUCCUCGACGUCGCCGUCUCAGAUUUAUCUCCGAUCGCUUUUUCGUUAUCCCCUUUUAAUGAAUAAAUAAAUCUUCAUUUUAAAAACUUUUUUUAUUUUAUUUUGUCCGUAUCCGCUCAUUUCUCUCGACAGUCAUGCGUUUGACGUUUUUCGCCUCAGAUAAAGAAAACUAAUUAAAUUGACAUUUUACCCCUUCUCUUUUGACAUUUGACCGUUAUAGCCCUGAUCCAACAACCACGUGGCAUAACCAAAAGAGAACAAAAAAAUGAAUCAAUACCACCACGCGCAUAGAGUACCAACGCCAGGCGCGUCGAGAAAACGCAAGGAGACGACGGAGAGUGACUUCGGUUUAGAUUCCAGGGCCAAUCCUCCGGCUACCUCGAACUGGCUAUUGGCCGGUUACAUGGCGCACGAGUUCCUCACGUGCGGUACGAUGUUGGGCCGGAAGCUAUACCAUGGAUGGGCUGAAGUUGGGCCGAUAGACUCUCCGUCGCCGCAACACAGGGAAGUGAAGAAGAAGGCUCACCAGAGCUACUCUGACGUGGCGAGUGUGUUCAAAACAGAUGGGACCCACGUGCCUGGUGUGGUUAACCCGACCCAGCUUGCUAAAUGGAUCCAGAUGUGAGUGUCAUAGCUGAGCCAUGUGUUUUUUUUUGGCAUUUUAGUUUUUUUUUUGCUUUCUUUAUGUUGGUCUCUUUGGAUCUUUACGAUCUUUGAACAUGUUACUAAAAAUUUGAUGAUUACUUGUUAGUCUUGUCUUUUUAUCAUCUACUAGUAAUCGAUGUUCAUGAGAACUAUUU